AAAAUAGGUAUCUUAUUAUUGAAACACGUUUUACAUUUGUACAUUUUAAUUAAUGUGACGCUCAUAGCUUAAAAUGGCAAAAUUAUGAAAAUCAAAUUUUCUAGCAAGAUAGCUUUUGCUCGAAUUAACGUUCAUACGGAACUAGUGUUUGGAGUAAUGUUUUCCGGGUGACUUUUUCUCGUUACCACGGAUGAAAGCUCCAAACGUGAAAGGACAUUUCAAGAAACAAAUAUGAACCAAUUUAUAUCCCGGACAACGAUUGUGGCACGAAAUCGUGUACUGUACGUUCACGAGUCCUUUUUAUCAAGUAACUGUGAUAAUGUUUUCAGAACCUUAAACAAAGUUGGAUUGAAGACUUUCUGCACAAAUUCAGUCAGAUUGUGUGAAAAAAAAGACAAUGCUGGCACAUCUAUAGAUAGCCAAACGAAACUGCCGGAACAGAAGGAGGAGCAACGCGUGUUAAAGACUGAAGACAGAGGGACCGCAGACCGUCAGGCAGAUGAUAACUCUAAACAGCUUCUGGCAAAAUCACAACAGCCUAAAGUGGAUACAGGAAAGAGUGAGAAAGAAAACCUCCUGGACCUACUUGGAGCCAUGAAAGUAGAAGUGACCAAUAAAAGAAAGCUUAAAACUAUGAAGAGACAGCAAAGUAUUGAGUCAGCUGCACAGUAUAAGUCCAAGCCAGCAGAUAUGGAAAGCACCAUCAGUAUGUUUCAAAAGGCUACAGAGGAGGCGUCAUCACAGAGUGAAACUCUGAGCCCUGACUUGGUGGCUGCAGCAUCUGCCGCCGCCGCCACUCUUCCCAACCGCAGUCGGGCAGAGUCGGAGCUCCUUAGGCAGCUGAGGGAGCGCAAGACUCUCACUGAGGCGCAGAAGAGAGGCGACAUGAACAAUAUCGGAGUAAUUAUUGCUGACAUGAAGGUUGGAAAGAAUUCAAAUCGCCAGAAUGCCUGGCCUUCCGAUCAGAUUCGUUUUGACGAAGAUGGGCGAGGAUACACGCACGAUAGAGGAAUCACUGGUGAGCUGGCCGGUGUGCGGAAAAGGAGGAAUUUGUUCCAGGCUAAAAGGUUGAACAUCUUUUCCCCUGGUACUGAGGAAGAUGGCAUCAAGGCAGCACUCGCGAAGCCAACUCUUUGGGACAUGGAAUUUGCACAUCAGCUGUGUCAGUCAACAAACCAAAUGCCACGCAAUGGAUUUGAGGAAAUGAUCCAAUGGACCGAAGAGGGAAAACUUUGGCAGUACCCAAUCAACAAUGAAAUCGGCCUCGAGGAGGAAGCCAGCGUGCCGUUCCACGAACACAUCUUCUUGGACAAGCACUUGGAGCAGGGUUUCCCGCAGCACGGACCAGUUCGGCACUUCAUGGAGCUUGUGGUGGCCGGACUGUCCAGAAACCCCUAUCUGACCGUGAAGCAGAAGAAGGAGCACAUUGAUUGGUUUAGAGACUAUUUCCAUCACAAAGAAGACGUCCUUAAUGAGGCUGAUGUUUACCUCACAUAAACCACAGAUGGUCAAAGUGUUUAGAUGUGGACACAAAGUAUAACCUGCUUUUUACAUCAUGAACAUAAACGUUCUUGUUUCUUUCUGAAAACCAGUGAAACUGGGCUUUGAAGGAUUUUUCCUACAUUGAGUUUAACAUUAAAACUGGAUUUCAGGCAUAAAAAGCGUGACAUGUUCAAACAAAUGUAUUAGUAAAACAAUGACUUUGGUUCUUCUA